AGCUUACAUGACGCUGGCCCCCGCCCUUUAAAGGCGAUUUUGUUUCCGGUCGCGCACUCAAACAAACCAACCUAAGCCAAUCAGCUAGUCAACAACCAACCCCCCUGGUUCGGGCGUUGGGAUUUACGGCACCAUGGCGGUCGACACAAGCUAUCUGACCACCCAGGUCAACAAUAUCGUUUCUCAGCUGCACGGAAUAUAUGAUGAUAUCGGUGUCCCAAAUCAUGAGCGCGACUCGAGAGAGGCAGAGCUCUUCAGCGCUUUGUCGGAAACGCUGAACAACCACCUCAAGCUUGUCAAUAAUGAGAAGAAAGACAUGGAAGAUGAGGCGCAGCGUCUCAUCACCGCGAUCCAGCAUAUGGAGAAGUCUCUGGUUGACGAAAAGGCGAACGGACAGUAUCAGCUUGACCAUAAUGCUUUGCGCGUCAGCUAUCCCCUGAAUCGCUGCCUCAGCUUCCUCCGAGAGGAACACGGCGCAUUGAACAAACUGCACAAGGAGCGUUUUGAGCAAGUCAGGAAACUUGUUGAAGCGCUCGAAUCCUAUUCGUCACAUCUUGAAACAACUAUUGUCGCCAUUGACCUUCCUCCAACUGCUCCCGGUUCCACUAUCCCACCCAGCUUUGACCUCUCUCCAUCCUACGUUACUGCGCUCGACAGCGAAUUCACCCGCGUCUACGAAGAAUACCACCGACGCUUGGAAUUUGUUCAGACCACCUGCGAGGAGAUCAUCAAGCUGUGGGCCGAGCUCGGAACUCCCCAGGUCCAGACCGAUUCCAACAUUGUCAAGUUCUACCGCGAGUCGCCAGAGCAGUUGGGUCUCCACGAAUCGGAUCUAGCCGGCUUGAUGGCGAAGCGCGAAAAGCUUCUGCAAGAGAAGGGCGGUCGUGAGCGCAAAUUGAAGGAUCUCAAGAAUGCCGUUGAAGCGCUGUGGGAACGCUUUGGAGUCGAAGACUGCGAUAGAAAGGCGUUCCUGGCGGCGAACCGUGGCUGUGGGCUCCGGACCAUUAAUGAAUUUGAGGAGGAAUUGGAGCGCCUCAAUGAGCUAAAGAGACAGAAUCUGCAUCUGUUCGUGGAAGAUGCCCGAUGCCGGCUCCAAGAACUUUGGGACAGCCUUUAUUUCUCGGAAGAGGAGAUGCUCGACUUUACGCCCGCCUUCUCUGAUGUAUGCAGCGACGCCUUGCUAGAGGCACAUGAAGCGGAGAUCACACGGCUAGAGGCCUUGAAGGAACAACGCGCAUCGACGUUGCAGCUCAUCGAGAAGCAUAAGAAUCUUCUGGCGGAACGCGAAGCUCUGGCAGUCUCGAGUCAGGACGCGUCCCGUCUGAUGGGCCGUGGAGUUAAAGGAGAGAGACGUGACCCCGGAAAGCUUCUGAGGGAAGAGAAGAUGAGAAAGAGGAUCUCCAAGGAGCUGCCCAAGGUGGAGAGUGACCUGCGCAAAGAGUUGGAGAGGUGGGAGGAUGAGUAUGGCCGGCCAUUCCUCGUCCAUGGGGAACGCUAUCUCGACGAGCUUACCCCAGUGGUUCCAAAGCCUCCUCCAAGGUCGAAGACUCCGGGGCCCACUCCCACUACAAAGCGUCCGGUACAAGCGCAGCCCCCUCGCCCUGCUAGUGUGAUGAGCUCUCGUCCUGGCAGCGUUAUGCGAGGGCCGCCUCCGCCUCGCUCGGCCUCGAAGACGCCCACAGCGCAUCCGACCACCAAAUACAACACCAUUGGGGCCUCUACUAGGGCUGGGGCCAAAUCGCCCUCGAAAAUCCCGGCCCGUGUUCCUUUGAGCAAUAUGCCGCACGGAAGCAAUUCCCCACGCCGGGGAGGUCCAGGCACCUAUUCGUCCAGCACAGUGAACGGUAAGAUGCCGGCACCUCGUGCACCACCGCCGAGGAUGAGGGCCCUGACCGGUGGUGAAUCGAGGGAAGAUCGCGCAGCCUACCUCUUUGAGCCGCCACGGUCUGCCAGCGCCUUGUCCAAUGCAUUCGUUCGACCCGUCAGCCCAGAGGACGUAUACGACGAUCGCAACCAGCGUUCCUUCGUUAGCUCUUCCGCCUUCUCUCAACGAUCCACUGGAUUCUCUCAAUCAUCACAAUCAUCAGCGUCUUCGCUAUCCUUGAACUCUUCGAUGCAAGGAUAUCCGAAGCCAAAUCCAUAUUUGCAACGCGCGCCUCCGCCAGCGCCGAGACAAGUAUCAAACUCCUCCACGAUCCAGACUGCAGUCUCGGGGUCUGAAAACUGGGAGACUUUUGACGAUGGAUCGGACUCUGAAGUCGACGCCAGCGAUGUUUAUUACGCUAAACUUCGUGCUGCUCACGGGAAACGAUUGGCUCCCCCUGAGGAAAGCCAAAAUCGCACCCUCGCAGGCAAAAAGGCCAAAGGCAUCCGAAGCGUAAGUCCGGAUGAGCCAGCGGCCCACCCGAUGGGGCACAUGGUUCGCGCAGGCGGUAGUGAUGAAUGGGCCGACGAGCUGGAGCCAUAUUGAGGCCUUCGACUCAUAGCCCUUCGUUGACGUAAUGAUUCUACCUGCUUGAGACUUUCAGGUGUCUCCUGAAGAACGUGACUAUGAGACGACUCAACGUUGACGAUUUCACGAUCCUGAAGCCCUUGAUUUCUGUCAUCAUGUCUUUGAAACAAACCAUGCCACUAAUAGUUGAACUCUUCGCGGCAACGACUCGAGCGAUUGUGCUCAGCUAACCAUCUUAAUUUCUUUGUUAAAAUUCGG